AUGCGGGCGUCUUGGUGGGUCGGGAUUUGGGCCACAUUCCUGCCCACGACCGUAUUAUCAAUCGAGGCAGAGCCCUUCUCCUUGCCAGAACAAGGAAAGCCCAGCCGGAGGGCCUUGGAGGUUCUCCGGCUCCUGCGACGAGACGACGACAAUUGUCCCAGCGGCUACAAUGCGUGCUCUGACCUGGGCAACUCCGACGCCUGCUGCAAGAGCGGGACUCGGUGUACGACCGAUGCGGCAGAUAACAUCGCUUGCUGUCGAACGGGCGCAAGCUGCACAGGCAGUCUGACGGGGCCAUCGACCGGUUCGUCCGAGACAGGGAGCAGCUUCAUGUUCCCUCAGGGCACAUCUGCGACCACAACAGCCGAGGGCACAGCUGCGUCCGUCACUGGAUCAACGGUUGAUGGGGCAUAUCCAUUCAUCUACGUCCCUACAACAUUUGCCAAUCACGAGAGCUGCUCUUCAUACUACUUGCUCUGUCAGUCGGAAUAUACCCAGUGUACUGGUAACUUGAUGGGUCGAUACGGAGUGACGGUUGGCGGUGCCGGCGGUGCAGGAGUAACAGUUGAAGCCAUCACAGGAUCUGCGCAAGCGACCUCGAUCUGCUCCAGUCUAAGUGCAAAGGCCUGCCAUGGCCUUCAGCUGCACAACUGUGCCACGGCGGCAACGGGGACAAGUACGCAGGAUGCUAGCGGGAACGCCGCCAUUCCAGCACGGACAUCCAGUCUCCACGACUUGGCGUUUGGGCUGAUCGUUGGAGUUGCGGGGAUGUUCGUUUAA